AUGCCGUCGAACUACCUCAAGUACAACAUGGCUUUCCCUAGCAUUCUCUUCGUAGUCAUCGCCCUCAUCAGCCUGGUACCGCAUGGCGCAGAUGCGGCUAACAUGCCUGCUGGCGGAUGCCACACUCGCUACGUCUGCCCUUACAUCGACAACCUUGCUACCGCAACUAUCUCGCAGUCCACUUACACCAACUACAAGUACAUCGGCGAGUACCAGGGGCUGUUCAACAGCCAGGGCGGGCAGUUCGUGCCACACCAGCGCGGUUCGGGCCCCGUGAACUUCGAGCGGUACACAGAGGUGGGGACCAUCUUCGACGUGGUGAAGGGCGUGUACGGUGACACGCUGCAGGAGUGCUGCCGCGCAUGCGCACGCUCAACCUACUGCUACCAGUGGCAUUGGUUCAAGAACGCGCGACUCGCCGGAGAAAACUCCAAGGUGACGGGAUUUAUCGACCGCAUACAGUGCUACCUGCUGGAGAAGGUUGGAGGUACGGGCACGUCGGGCUCUUUCAAGACGCCGAAUGCGGGCAGCGCGGCUACGCAGGUUGCGAACGCGGCGACGUACCCGCUGAGCUUCGUCGGCGGGCUCUGCAACGGCACGGCGCUCGUCGAAAACGACCCGCAUCUCACGGGCGCGCACGGCACGCACUACGAUUUCACCGGGCGGCUCGACAAGUCGUUCUGCCUCUUCUCCGACCGUCGAUUCCACGUCAACAUGCAUCUGAACGGAUACCAAGGCGCACCGCCCGCGAUUUCCGCGACAAAUUCGAGUGAGAAGGAGUCGAGCACUGAGCUGCACACGUGGAUCAAGGAGAUCGGUGUGGUGUGGAUGACGCCCGACGGCGCAAACCACACGCUGCGCAUGGUUGCGCGCAAGGGCAAGCAGCAGGAGCGCGGAGACAACGGCUUCCUCUCGCUGCUCGAGAUCGACGGCACGACGAUGACGCCUCCGAGCGUCGGCGAGUCGAUCGCGACGGAAAGCGGGCUGGUGGUUACAAAAAUCGCGGAGGAGAAAGAGGGACCGUUUGAUGUCGAUCAAUUCCAGGUGCGCGUGGUGGGGCUUGGGGAACUCGACGUGCGCGUCCGCGUGGCGCACCCGCUGCUGCAGACGCCGACUGAGGCGGAGACCCACUUCAAUGUUGAGCUUUCCGACGUCAGGAUGACGUCAGCCGUGCAUGGCGUGCUGGGGCAGACUUUUAGGAACUCCCCGGAGCAGCUGCAGCGCGCGGUGAAGUACUCGCACUUGGCGGCGCUGCUGCACCACCCCGUGGACGUGGAUAAGGCGGAGGGCAAGGGGUUCCUGGACGGCGACGUUGAGGAUUACAUUUCCUCAUCGAUUGUUGCGCCCGACUGCAAGUACGCCAGCUACGCCUCUGCUUGA